AGCUUUCUGAAACUCAGCUUAGCUCAGCCCACAGCCGUUGUUCUUCUUCUUCUCACUUCUUCUCCUCUAGCUCUUUCUGUUGCGGCGAGGAUUUGGAUUUGAAAUUUGUAAUUUAUUCUCUGAUGUGAGGCAGACUGAUUAAGGAAAACGUGCUCGAAAAGCGACGGUUUGCUUGCUUUAGAAGACCUCUUGCUGAGAUCGAGUUUGGUAAAUUAUAUAUAUAUAUAUAAUUAUAUAUAUAGCUAGCAAGAAAAAGUGGAGGAAAUAGGGAGGAACAAAUUUGGGGUCUGGUAUGAGCGGCCUCAGAAAAAGUCUAGCAGCACAGAAAAGGAUCAGAUCAACAGCAGCAUGACAUGGCACUCUGAUGACGAUGAGGAAGAAGAGAGGGCAAUUCAGUCAGUUGCUCCCUCUUCUGCAACUAAUUAUCCUCAAUCUAAGAAUAAUAAGACCAAUGAAAUAUCAUGCCCAUCUUGUGGCCACCCUAUAGAUAUUCAAGACCAGGCUGGAAUUCAUGAUUUGCCGGGACUACCAGCAGGGGUGAAAUUUGAUCCGACGGACCAAGAAAUUCUUCAACAUUUGGAGGCAAAAGUGCUCACUGAUACCAGAAAGCUUCAUCCACUCAUUGAUGAAUUCAUACCAACGCUUGAAGGAGAGAAUGGAAUUUGCUCUACCCACCCAGAAAAGCUACCAGACACUUUUUUUUUUCUGGUUUGUUUUGGUACCAGUUAUACUGUUUUCUUCAUCUAUACAUCACCCUUUAAGUCCAUUUAUGCAGGAGUGAACAAAGAAGGACAGAUCCGCCACUUCUUUCACCGACCCUCAAAGGCCUACACCACCGGAACUAGGAAGCGCAGGAAGGUUCACACCGAAGAAGAUGGAAGCGAGACGAGAUGGCACAAAACAGGCAAGACAAGGCCGGUCCUCACCAACGGAGCAGUCAAGGGUUUCAAAAAGAUCUUAGUCCUCUACACCAACUACGGCAGGCAAAGGAAGCCCGAGAAGACAAAUUGGGUGAUGCACCAGUACCACCUUGGUAACAAUGAAGAAGAAAAAGAUGGGGAGCUAGUGCUAUCUAAGGUCUUUUACCAAACGCAACCUAGGCAAUGUGGUAUGGGCACUCCAGGCAUCAGAGAUGGUGGUCCUCCAUUGUUGAAUCCAUUUGAUAGUCAUCAUCAUAAAGGUCAUGUGAAUAUUCGAAGUGGGCAAGAUGGUAAUUCUCUUCCUCUUCCUCUUCCUCCAAAGAAAGCUGGUGUUGUGGAAUAUUACAAUCAUAACCAACCUGGUCCUUUCAUGAACUAUGAUCAUCCACAUCUGAUUCAAGGAGGCCAGAAUAGGGAUAUUCCAGCUCAACUAAUUCCUAACAUGGUUCUUCAAGGUGACGGGUCAUCGUUGUUUCGAUAUAAUACUGCAGAUACAAGCAAAGGAAAGCUAAUUGAGAGGAAAAUAUAGUCAUGGGUCUAUAUCAUGGCCAUGGAUAUAUGGAAAAGUUUUUAUAUUGAGGUAGCUUAGCUAGUUUAGGGCAGCAGUGACAUUAUACCUUCUUUUUACCCCAUGCCAUUUAUACUCUUCCGUUUUGAAUUGGACAAUUAUAUCCUUUUGAUUAUUGACUUGUUGCUGUACAAUAUUCAAAAAAUGACUUUCUUGUGAAAACAAAAAAUUAUGGAUUCAUAUGUUAA